AUGGAGGAAUCUCCGAUCGUAGCAGAUGCGACUCCCCGCUGGCGCCUUGACCGGUGGCUGGCCGCCACAAAGCGCGUGUCGCUCCUGAUCCUUCGGCAAUGGCUGUUAAUCGGCAUGGGUGUUGCCUGUGUGCUGGCAUACUUCUUUCCUGAUAUUGCCAAAACCGACGGUGUAAUCCGGAGCGAAUACAGUGUGCUAUACGGGGUGAUCGCGAUCAUCUUCCUCAUUUCCGGUCUCAGUAUCCCCCGCCAGAAGCUGUUCAAGCAGUUCAUGAACUGGCGGCUGCAUCUACUAGUGCAAGUGAUCUCGUUUCUGUUUAUCCCGGCCCUGGUUCUGGCGGUGGUGCACAUUAUUUUGGCUGCCGACCCAGCUGGGCACAUCGACCGUGCCGUGUUGGCAGGGUAUAUACUGACAGCCUGUAUUCCCACCACGAUUGCCUCGAAUGUGGUCAUGACGAGGGCUGCGGGAGGGGACGAUGCGGCGGCACUCGUCGAGGUCCUCCUAGCCAAUGUCCUCGGGCCUUUCAUCACCGCAGUUUGGACAGUCACGCUGUUGCCCAAGUCAGCCGAAUUUGACACAUGGAGAUAUGGUGGCGGGAGCCUGAGCAGCAUGUACAAGAAUGUCUUCCAGCAGCUCGGUCUCAGCGUCCUGCUGCCACUCUUUGUGGGUCAAAUUAUUCGAUGGACCUGGCCCGAGCGGACGGCGUGGGUGCUCCAGAAGACACGCUUGGCAAAGCUAUCGACUGCUUGUAUGUUGUUGUUGAUCUGGACCACCUUUUCUUCUUGCUUCGCAACGGGGGCCCUUCAGAGUCUCUCAGCCCAAAGCAUUAUCUUCGUGGUGCUUUUCAAUAUCGCCCUGUACAUUGCCCUGACUAUCAUUUCCUUCUUCAGCUCACGGCCUCCGAAGUUCCUUGCUCAUCACCGGUGGUUCGAACCCAUCCUGAAGCGCAUGCCCCCAGAGGAAACCAUAGCCGUCUGUUUCUGUUCCCCAGCGAAAAGCACUGCCCUUGGAUUGCCUCUUUUGUAUGCCAUGUGGGCUCCGGUGGACCUUUACACCAAGGCAAAGACAUCAGUGCCAGUCUUAUUGUAUACUACCGAGCAGAUCUGCGUUGCCCAAUUUUUUGUGCAGCUCUUUCGUUUAUGGCAUGCUCGGAUAGCCGAGAAAGAGGAUCCGGGCCAGAACGGACAAGAAGAUAUUGAGAUUGGCGUGGCCGAGAGGACCGCAGAGAGCCAUGGAGGUGUAAUUCAGGAUCAGCGCUGA